AUGGCCCGUACCAAGCAGACCGCCCGUAAGUCGACCGGAGGCAAGGCCCCCCGUAAGAUGGCCUCCAAGUCAGCCAAGAAGAGCGCCCUCGCUGGAGGCGUGAAGAAGCCGCACAGGUUCAGGCCCGGCACCGUCGCCCUCCGCGAGAUCCGUAAGUACCAGAAGUCGACCGAGCUGCUCCUCAGGAAGCUCCCCUUCCAGCGUCUCGUCCGCGAAAUCGCCCAGGACUACAAGACUGGAGGCUGCCGAGGCCUACCUCGUGGUCUCUUCGAAGACACCAACCUGUGCGCCAUCCACGCCAAGAGGGUGACGAUCAUGCCCAAGGAUAUCCAGCUCGCCCGCAGGAUCCGUGGUGAGCGUGCCUAA